AUGCACAAGCAGCAGUCGAGAGGAGAGGAAACUGAGGGCAUGAGCGAGUGGAAGAAGAGAGCUCCCUAUCGUGUGCACGAGCCCAACGAGCAUUUUGAUGUCAAGUACGAAGCAAACUGCCAUUGCGGGCGCGUCAAGUACCAGCUCAGCCGAAUUGAGCCGCUUGAUUCCAAGCUGUGCCACUGCACAACCUGCCAGACUCAGCAUGCUGCACCCUUCCAAUGGGCUGCUAUUUUUCAUAAGGAAGAUAUCAACUUCUCCAACGGACACCACGACCUCGAAUGGUACGAUCCAACCGACAAGUCGAUAGAGCACAAGCUGCCGUGCAAGGUCCGCUGCUCGUACUGUCACUCGCCUAUCAUGGACGAGGGCCGCAACAUGAUACUUUUGUUCCCAAGCUUGAUCCACCUGAGGACGGAUGAAGACAAGGCUUAUUUCAAGCCUCGUUGCCACAUGUUUUACGGGCAGCGCGUCAUGGAUAUCCCAGAUGGCUUGCCUAAAUGGGAUGGGUUGACUCAGGAAAGCAACCUGAUCGAAGACAGUCCGCCGGAUAUGGUGAGGGAGCUGGAGCGCAAGCGCGAGAAGGAGAGAGAAGAGCGCUUCAAGAAAGGCGAGAACAAAUAA